AUCCGGUGGCGAGAGUUCUGCAAUAAUAAUCUCGAUUAGGAGAGGUGGAGGCGGGCAGAUGAUAUGCUUUCCAAGUCAUCGUAUAACUGCAAAUGCUUCUUUCGAAUAAUUCUGCGUUUCUAGCAAAAGAGCGGGGAAUUCUGGCUAGAAUGUGCGAAGGACCGCAGCUGAAUUGCAUCCAGUCUCGCUGCUAUCCUGGUCACCCGCAGUGGCCAAAACAGUAUAACUUUCCAUUUCCAGCCAUCUACUGCCUACCCCCGUUUCUUCUCUUCUGCUGCCCACGAUGAAGAAAAACCUACGGAAAAGCCAGGAUGAACGUUAUCGCUUGAAGUUCCAGCGUCUUUGCCGUGUGGCCAAGGUGCUGGUUUACGAGAACACAGCCUUGUGUGAUGAGAUUGCCCGGCUGGAGACCAAAUACCUGCAGGUACGUGAAGAACGCCGCUUCCUGCUUACUCGCCUGUUGCAAGCACAAGCUCUGGCUGAAGAAGACUCACCCACACCAGCUGUGGCAGCCAGCCUGCAACCAUCUCCAGAUGAGCCAGCUACUCGCAAAAUUCGCCGGGAGCGCAAAGGCAAAGAGAAUGGCCGAGCAUCCAAACGCAGGGCACCCCUGGAGCUGGGCAUCCGCCGGCUGGUCCCCCCGCUUCCCUUGGAUCCUGCCGGACGACCGAUUUUUCCUAUCGCUUUAGGUCCACUGACUGUCUACAGUCUGGGUGAGAUCAUCUCCGACCGUCCUGGUUUCCACACGGAAAAUGCCAUCUACCCGGUGGGGUACUGCAGUACCAGGGUUUUUGCCAGCACCCACAGGCCAACUCACCGCUGUCUCUACACCUGCCAGAUCAAGGACGGGGGCACCGGGCCACACUUCGAAAUUGCCCCUGAAGACGAACUGGGAGCUGUAAUAACGGGGUCCACCCUGGAUGUCUGCCAUGCUCAGUUGUUGGAAGCAGUGGGUGCUGGCCAGCUUGAGCCAGCAGGGGCCGAAUUCUUUGGGCUGUCACAUCCCGCAAUUCAACACCUCGUCCAGAGCUGCCCAGGCGCACACAAGUGUGCUGGGUACCGCUGGUGCCGCUUUGAGAUCUGUCGCCCGAACGAUGGACACCCUCCUGAGGGGCUGUCUCCAGGGAACCCGGGCAUUGAUUUUGAGGCAUUCCAGAGUCAAGGUUUGGCCGGGUCUAUGAAUCUAGAUUUCCCUGCAGCUUCUCCUUCUCCACCCUGCGGAAACGGCUACACUGAGCUUUUCCUGCCUUGUGCUACUUCGGCUGAGUCUCCCCUCCCUCCGAGUCCAGAAACUGACCCUGAUUGAGAACAGCCAGAGGGCAGCUUUUAAGGUUGCAUCAUCCUUCCUUUCUAGCUCCUCUACAGGGAGAGCAGAGUUGCCUGAUAUCACUAGAAUGGGCUUGAUUAAAAUUUUCAGAGUUUUUUUUCCCUUUACCUUUAGAUUUAUAGUGGCUCCAAGUACCCGCUUUAUCUCUUAAGUUUUCCCCAGGAUCAAUAAGAAUAGAAGUAAUUUAUAAACUAUGUUAGGGGGAUUAGGGCUUUUAAGGGGGGUUAUGGAAUUCUUCAAAUCAGGGUUUAUAAGUAAAGGGCUGAGAUUACUUUUUGCAAAAUUACCAAUACUGUGGCUAUAUUUUGGAGGCAGCCACACUCAUUUCCAGUUCACUUAUUCUGGAGCAGUGUUUGUUCUGUAGAGGAAUCUUGUCAUUGGCUUGUCCCAAGUGGGAACCAGUCUGGCUUGUUGUACAGAAAUCAUGUGCUAAAGCCACACCUGCGCUCUGCCUGGACAAACAGGCUGUUGGCUUGUCCAGAUGUAAUCAGGAGCGAGGACUGCUACAUAAGCGUAAGUUCCCUUCCAAAUUGGCUACCCUCUAUAGCAGGGGUGGGCAGCUAUGGCCCCUUUAUGACUGCAGCAAGCUCAGUAAUUCUGGGAGUUGAAGUUCACAAAGUCAUAAAAGGGCCAUAGAUGCCCACUCUUGUCCUACAAGUAAUCCUCACUUAAAAACCCGAAUCAGGACCGGAAUUUCCAUUGUUGAAAGAUGUGGCUGUUAGGUGAAAGAUUAUAUAACCACACCACUUAGCAAUGGAAUGUUCGAUAGCCACAGUUGCACAUCGUUAAGUGAGGACUGCACGCUUUUCCUGCCCUAUUGUACUCGCCUCCAUCUCAUCUCCAUCUACAAUCUCAUCCAAAUCUUUGCCUUUUUGAGUAUCCUGCGCUCUACUGCUGCCCCCAGCUUACCCCCAUCUUCCUCCCACAGCUGAUGAUGUGUGCCUGACUUGGCCCUUUGCAUUGCAACUGCUGGCGGAGCACAGGGGGAAGUGAAGCAGAGAACAGCCAAAAGGGCAAAGAUGGGAGAUAGGUGGAUGGAAUUAACUGAAGUGCACCCUGUGAUCAUAUAUGUAGGUGGCAUGCCAAGUGCCCAAAUUUUAAUCAUGUGACCACAGGGGUGCUGGAGUGGCCAUAACUUCAAGGACCAGUCAUAAGUAUCAUUCAUUCAACAUUAUUGUAACUUUGAACUGUCAUUGAAAAAUGCUAAGUGAGGAUCAGUAAUAUUUGUUUGUGACUUUCUAGCUAGUUAACGGUCUUGGGAAUCCUAUUUUAAGCCAAUACAUCCAGUGAUAUUGUAACAUCUGAAGUUUGGGAAACCAAAUAACUCUCCAUGUUCUGAUACUAGAAAUUGAACCUUCAUUUUGAUCCCAAUCAGCCAAAGGACUACUUGGGGACCGUAUGAGAUAACAUGGAAUGCAUAUAGCCUGUAGUUUACCAACCCUGGAAUACAGCAGGACAUGCCUGGGUAGAAAAAAACCCAUCUCGCUAUUAAAUGAACACCUACUUUACUUGUUUAGUUUUCCUACAGCUGGGCUAGCAAUUGGUUUCAAAAUAUUUCCAUCAUAGUCUCAUUGAAAAGGUAAUGUUAGAUCACAUCCUGUGUUUCAUUUAGAUAUUAAUACGUAGAAUGUAUAAGGAGUGUAUUUCUGCUUUUACCCAUAAUCAUCAAAUGACUAUUAAAGAAAAACAGUUUUUGUAUAUUGUGUUUAUCCAUGCUAAUAUUGUAUUAAGAUACCUUCUUGUUGUGAUUGUGUAAAUUCCCCUUCCUGUGCCAUUUUGUAGUGCAUGAAUGUUAAUAGAUUAGCAAUUAAAUUGAAGUGUUGCUUUACUUUUUCUAUUGUAUACUAGAAAAAAGUAUAAUAUUUCAGAGAAGAACAGGAGUAUAUCUAUGCCAAUAUUGGAGAAACACUGUUGGUUAUACAACUUCUAAAUUCGCACACAACUGGCCUGUGUUAUCUUGAUCCCCCCCCCCCAUUAUUUUCUUAGUAUAUUAAAAAAAAAAGUGUCCAUAAGCCUCAACUUUGCAACCUGUUUUAUCCUAAGCCUUAAAAUGUGCCUAUGAAGAAAAUUUGA